AUGACUCAGCAAAUGUGUGGCUGCCAUCCAGCCAAACGUGUCAUCAGUGAGACCCGUCCAGUCAAGCGUGGCAGCAGUGAGACCUGUCCAGUCAGGCGUGGCAGCAGUGAGACCUGUCCAGUCAAGCGUGGCAGCAGUGAGACCUGUCCAGUCAGGCGUGGCAGCAGUGAGACCUGUCCAGUCAAGCGUGGCAGCAGUGAGACCUGUCCAGUCAGGCGUGGCAGCAGUGAGACCUGUCCAGUCAGGCGUGGCAGCAGUGAGACCUGUCCAGUCAAGCGUGGCAGCAGUGAGACCUGUCCAGUCAGGCGUGGCAGCAGUGAGACCUGUCCGGUCAGGCGUGGCAGCAGUGAGACCUGUCCAGUCAAGCGUGGCAGCAGUGAGACCUGUCCAGUCAAUCGUGGCAGCAGUGAGACCUGUCCAGUCAAACGUGGCAGCAGUGAGACCUGUCCAGCCAAGCGUGGCAGCAGUGAGACCUGUCCAGUCAAACGUGGCAGCAGUGAGACCUGUCCAGUCAAGCGUGGCAGCAGUGCGACCCGUCCAGCCAAGCGUGGCAGCAGUGAGACCUGUCCAGCCAAGCGUGCCAACAGUGAGACCCGUCCAGCCAAGCGUGGCAGCAGUGAGAUCUGUCCAGCCAAGCGUGCCAACAGUGAGACCUGUCCAGUCAAGCGUGGCAGCAGUGAGACCCGUCCAGCCAAGCGUGGCAGCAGUGAGACCUGUCCAGCCAAGCGUGCCAACAGUGAGACCCGUCCAGCCAAGCGUGGCAGCAGUGAGAUCUGUCCAGUCAAGCGUGGCAGCAGUGAGACCCGUCCAGCCAAGCGUGGCAGCAGUGAGAUCUGUCCAGUCAAGCGUGGCAGCAGUGAGACCCGUCCAGCCAAGCGUGGCAGCAGUGAGAUCUGUCCAGUCAAGCGUGUCAGCAGUGAGACCAAUGCUGCUCCCAUUAAAGAAGUAGUUUAA